AAAGCCAUCGUUGCUUGUUUCAAAUGCACCUGGUUGUCAUCAUAACUCACAAGACGCUCAUCUCCUCCACUGACAUUCCUCUUCUGCUGGUGGAAUUUUCCAUACAGGGUUAUCAUCAAACUUUAGAUAUAUUACAGGAAGUCUGAGUGGCGAUAGGAUGGAGGCAUUGCAAGUCUCGUGAUUGACUUUUGUAGCUGUUUGAUGUAUCUCAGAAUUGUGGUGGUGACUACAAUGUCACCCAAAAAUCUCUUGUCAUAAAAUAAACAUCUGAUAGUAUAACAUUAUAAAUAUGCGUGGCCGACAUCCUUCUUCAGAGUGUUAGGACCUUCAGGAUGGGACAGACGCUGAGUGAGCCGGUGACCCAGAAGGAGACGUCUCGCUGUGAGAACUCAUGGCUGAGGGUGGGCGCCUCAUGCAUGCAGGGCUGGAGGGUCAACAUGGAGGAUGCACACACCACCAUCCUCUCCCUGCCAGAUGAUCCGGGAACGGCCUUCUUUGCUGUGUAUGACGGACAUGGAGGUGCACGCAUUGCCCAGCACGCAGGCAAACACCUCCACAAGAGCAUCGUCAACAGGCCAGAAUACUCUGCAGGCCAGAUAGAGGCAGCUGUCAAACAGGGCUUCCUAGACCUGGACAAUGCAAUGCAGACAGAUGAGGUGCUGAAGGAUGAGCUUGCUGGUACAACUGCCAUCUGCUGCCUCUUGCGGAACAGAACCAUCUACUGCGGCAACGUAGGAGAUUCCCGCGCCAUCGCAAGUGUGAGUGGACGUGUGGAGGAACUGAGCAGUGACCACAAGCCCAGCCUUGCCUCUGAGCAGCGCAGAAUUACAGCAGCGGGCGGCUGGGUGGAGCUGAACAGAGUGAAUGGCAACCUGGCUCUCUCAAGAGCCUUGGGAGACUUUGUAUUUAAGAAGAAUGAACUCAAAGGCCCAGAGGAACAGAUUGUCACAGCUUGCCCCGAUGUGACAGUGCGCGAGUUGACUGACGAUUGGGAAUUCAUCGUUCUGGCGUGUGAUGGCAUCUGGGAUGUCAUGACCAACCAGGAGGUGGUGAACUUUGUGAGGCUGCGGCUGUCUCAGGGCAUGGAGCCGGAGGACGUAUGUGAGGACCUCAUGACCCGAUGCCUGGCACCUGACUGCCAGAUGGGUGGCCUUGGCUGUGACAACAUGACAGUCAUCCUCAUCUGCAUUCUUCAAUCAGGAUCCUGGAAAGAGGAAGAUAUUUCAUCAUUUGAGGGAAGUGACAUUAUGAUAGAAGGUGAACAUAGCAGAUGGGAAUUUGCUUCACAUCAACUAAGAGCUCCCACAGUUAAGCCUCAGCUCACCCAUGACAGAUGCUUGCACAUCUUGGGGAGUGAUGCCAUAGAGUCAUUUCCUGGGCUUAGGUGCCGUCCACAGGAUUGUGUUAGCACUUCCUCCAGUGAGAGCUCUGAGAGUAGCACCAGUGACGUGUGUGUGUGCUGCAGCCCAGGUGGCUCCGACAGCGACUUGUCCCCUGAGAGGAAAAGCUGUGCACACCAUAACAGUGACAGGAGUGGAUCAUCACCUGACCAUGACAACUUUAUUUAUGACCCUUGGUGCUUCAGUAGUGACUCAGUUAGCAGUGAUACACCAGGCUCGUGUUUCUCUUUGAUUGAGGAUGGAAUCUGUACCCUGAACAUAAGCCAGUCAGACACAAAAAGUAGUAGCAACUCAUCAGUAACUGAGCACUCUCUUGAGAUAAAUGAUGACAGUAUAUCUUCUGAAGAAGAGGAGCUUCAGGAGAAGUGUGGGCGGCCAUCACUGGCACUCACCAGCCAGACCAAUGAGGAUGACAGUGACCUGGACCUUCAGUGAGGACCUGAACCCUGAGGCCGCCUUGGGGACCCCAAGAUCCGAGCCUGCAGGUGGGUCUCAGGCAGCGGCAGGUAGCCUUCUCAUGUUCAUUUUUAUGGUAUAAAGAUUCAUAUAUUCUUUCAUGAUUCAUCCACAACAACUGAGUAAAUUUUUAGGAACCUCUAUGUAUAUGUAUAGUGUACAUAAAGAUAUCCUAGUGUAUCAGUAGUUAAGACAGUAGUUACAGAUUGUUGGUGGGUCUCCAUAUCCAGAGGGCAGGACUGUACUGUUUGCUGUUUUGGAACAAUUUGCAAGGUACAGAAAUCUGUGAAGAACAAUAGGAGGGUGCUACACUUCCCUCCCCUUCUCUGUACACUUCAGGCAAAGAUUGUUAUGAGAAAAGUGCUCCAGCUCUCUAGCUUUAUCUUCAUGUUUCUGUAAUGAGAACAGUUAUGGCUGGUCUGUGGCAGAAACUGUUGACCAAGCUGGUCAAAUAUGCCAGUGAUCUGCAUACUUGAACUUCUAGACAGGAACAUGUUGCUUAUGGUAUUAUUCACAACACAAAGUGACAUUCAUCACUUCUGGGAAAUAUUGCAGCUCAGAUGUGCUUUCAUGCACAAGACGUGCUGUUUCAAAGAGCUCGGAAAAGUUUCUUAGUGUACAUACGGGCUUUCCACGACCUCGCUCCCUGAGGUCAUGUGUAUGUAGUGUGUGCUGUGUGGAUUCAGGCUUGUAUGUAGUCCUGAGUUUUAUGUUAAUGGAGUUUAGAUGUAUUUGUCACAUCAUUAUUACUUCAUGUGCUUAUGAAAUGUUUUUGUGGCAAGUAUUUUAUUUUGCAGUUUGAAGCAGUUGGAUUUUUGUUAAGCUGUGGCUUUGUUUUGUUGCUGUUAAAUAGAUAACAAAAUGCCCAUUUCUGUUUUCUUGUAGGGAAGGUUUAUGUCAGAGUUGUCAGAUACACCACCAUUAUUAGCCACAGCUUUAAUGGUGCACUGUUGAGGGAUGGAAAGUCUGGCUUAAUUUACUUGUUUUCAUUUGAGUUUAUUAAAGUUUUUUUUUCCCUUCAUGAUGUAAAAUUAACUGUGUUUGUUGGAUGCCAAGUUUUUAAAGCUGAGGCUUAGCCUGACCAUAGGGAGCUGUGGAUGGUCAGGAUGGAGAACACAUGUGUGGAAAGGGAACUGAUAUGUAUUGUGCACUUGCAGUCUAUAUUAAGUAAUGUCUCACUGUGAGGAUGCAACACUUUCUGGAAUGUUGAGCCAAGCAGAGGUUUCAUAAAGUGUUGCCUUCACUGCUGCUGAACAGUUACUUACUUUACUGGGUAACCACAUCUUGUCUUCAUUCAUCCUGAGCUUGUAAUAUUUUAUUUUCUUAAGAAAACUCAUUAUUAAAUCUAUAAAUCAUGAUCUAGAAAAAUUAGUAGUUCAUUAAUAUGUUAUCAGAUUUCUUUCCAUUAAGGUGCCAUUUGUUUGAUGUUAUCUGUUCAGUGUUCCUCAGCAGAACUGAACUAAUCUUUCUCAUGUGUUCUUAUCAGUUCUUCAUCACUAGAAUCUUCAUGAUCCAUCACAGUGAGUGUUGAAUUCAGGUAGAAUGCAUUUGAUGCAUAAGUUGUCUUGAAGAAAGACAGGAAGUUUUUAGGGAUUUGGUCUGUCAUUAUUUUACCACAGUAUUGGAAACAAAAAAGAAAGGAUUCAUAUGGCAAUGAUAAGGAUGAACUCCUGCACAUAGUCUUGCCAAAAUAUAUCAAAAUUUCAUUCAUUAAACGGAUAGAUUGGAGGGAGAUGCUAGAAGAAUAAUGUGCAGAAACUUUCAGGAAACAUGUGGUGUGUGAAAUGGGGAUUGAGAACCAUGUAGGGUGGAACAAAAAAUAAUAAUUCUAGUCAAGCUGGUCAACCUACAAAGUGAUAAUGUAAAAUAGGAAAGGUGCUGACAGAAACAUUUGAAAAUAGUUGCCGUGUAAUUGAGAAACAAUAAGUGUUCAUUUUGUAUUGGUUGAAUUGUUCAGUAUAACUUCCCAAGGUGUGUGUAAAUGAAGAAAAGAUUUGUAUUAAAAUUUUGAAGUAGAUACAUGAAUAUCAGAUUGGGAGAUUUCAAUCUGAAAGAAAUUCACAGCUGAGGUAAAAAAAUGAGAUGGAGGGAUAUGUGAAGGGAAAAUGUAAAGCAAAGUGAGGACUGUAGUGAUCAGGUCAGUCAAGGCCAGAAACUUGAAGUGGGGACUUUUCCUUGGUAACCCCCACGGAGGGAAUAAAGCAUUGCCUCAAUAACUAGAGUGUGAAUUGUAAAACACAUACACAGGUGCAGCUCAGAAACAUUCAGGUUCCUGACUACUGUUCUGAGUGCCAUGGGGCUUCAAUGUGCCAAUGGGCCUUCAAUGUGACAAUAACUCCUUUGUAUUGCUGCAUGCCAUAUUUCAUGUUCACUUUAAAAUUUUGGCAAUGCAUGGAUUGUAGACUUUCAGUGCCGCGGGAGAACUACAAACAAUCCCAAUGCUGAUGUGAGACAUGGCACUGUAAGAAAUGCAGUCCAGAAAGUGAACUUGUGAGACCGAUGCAUCAGUGUCUUACAAUCUGUGCUUCAUUUCAUGCUAAUGCACUCCUGCAGUUUUGCAGAAUCAUAUAAAGUACUGUUAGCAUUGCCUGUGUGGCUUUCAGAAGUUUGUAAUUACCUGAUAAGGUAUUAAUUUUAAGAUUGGCAUUUAUCAUUUUUAUCUGGCUUUUAUAACAUUUCAUAUGGCAGUGCUGUGAUAGCAGCACUUGCCUUUCAAUAAAAUUCCUCAUAUAUGCUCCCUUCUCCACAUUUUGCCUGUUGCACGCUGAUCUUUGGUAACUCCCUCCAUAAUGACAACACUCUCCAACCCACACACACACACUUCUUCAUAAUCACAAACUUUAGAAUAUCACAGCCACUUGUGUAGUACAUCCUUGUGAUGCCUAUGACUCCCCCUCAUUCACACUUGCUGCCACCCUGUCUAAAGCAAAAUCAUCAGGGUCCACUGCUAGCUCAGCAUCUUGUGACACCCCUCCCUUUCUGCUGCUGUUUCUAUAGCCUUGCUGAACUGUGGCAGCUGCACCAAAGCCACAUUAGUGUCUCUAAUAGUGCUAUACAGUUUAUCAAAACCAUCCCCUGAAUUUUUAAAUUGAUGGGGAUGAAUUUCUAAGUCAUGUUAUAAUCAGAUUUCAAGUACAGUGGACCAGAAACCCUGUAAGGUCACAAAUCUCAUUUAACUCAGGCCCCACGCUUGCCAGAGAAAUUAUCCAAGAUAUUCACCUCAUAGUUCUUUGUGUAUUUUUAGAGGAGCAGUUUACAUUGUGAUUGUGUUGCUAAUAGUCUUAAUGUUUCUACAGUAAAUCUCAGUUGACUCUUGUAUCUUGCCACAUUGUAGUCUGAGAUGCAGCACCAUGUUUAUUUGUGACAGUUAUUUUCUACCUGUCAUUUUCAGCAUGCAUGCUGAAAAUUAAUUACCAUUACAUGGUAAUUAGGCAGUGGUCAUUGAUACAUGUGUACAGAAUGACGAGAAACUGUUAACAAUCUUUGAAUCAUCAGUUGCAUAGCAGUGUGAUAAUUAAUGAAUAACUAGAUCCUGUGUAUUCAAGUAAGCUUUGUGAUUGUCCUCUACAUGCUGUACAUGUUAUUUACUCUAUAAUUAUCUUGCAUUUAUUUCCACAUCAAGCAGCCCUUGAAGCAUUUCACAGGCCUACAAUACAUUGUAGUUCAUAGCAGGCUAGAGGAAGAGCUGCUCACUGGUAGCUAGUCAGUAUUUAGUUCAAAGUUACUUGUAUGAAAUGAAACACAUUUACUACAUUUACUAUCACCCGUCCUGGGUGACACUUCCUUAAUCACUGAAUGGAGUCACCAUUCUUUAUUUCCUUUGAAGGCUCCAUUUAGGCAUUGUAAGAUCAUUAUGUUUCCUUGACUCUCUGAAUUUCUUUUACAUUAGAAGUAAAUUUCGUUCCUAGUAAGUAAAAUAGUUGCUGCACUACAGUGCCAGAUUUAGGUCAGAAUGGGACAGGCUCUCUCUCUGUCACUUAUGUUUGCUCAGUUACCUACUUGUCUAACUAUCGGUAUGUCUCUGCCACCUCACUCCCUUAAAGAGUGCCCCUCAAGGUGAAGCAGGAGAGCCUCCACUUCUCCCUCUCCAAACACUCCCUUCUUGAUUGCUCAAACAUUCAGCCUCUUCAAGCACCUCACAGUUAUUACUUCUCAAUAGCCUUUGCUGAUCUAUCUGUCUUCCACCAUCUGAUUGCCUGUGGUAUUCUUCACCUGAUAAACAUUUACAACACUAAUAGCUUUUCAGGCAUUAUUGCCCAAGUUUUUACUCCUAACUAUCAGGAUCCCCUUCACCCACAUUUCAAACACACUUAGCUCUGGCACUGACCUGCAGUUUAAUCAAUCUUCACAGGAAAAUAGUGUCAUUAAGUCAUAGGUAUUAAAUUGCUUGUGCUUCACUAAAGUGAUAAGCUGAUCCCGUGACAAUCGUCUUCACUUGUGGAGGGGUCGGGACGUCAGGGAGAGCCAUUAGGUCCACUUUUUAGGGUCGUGAUGGCAGGGCUACAACAUCCUUUAAAGUGAUUUGUGAAAUUUAAAAUGUCUCAGCUCUAGCAGCUCAUAUUUGUUUUUACUACUAAAGACCAUCAUAUAAUAUCUAGCGUUUAUGUUGUCUCUCUCCAUCAGUUACAGUUUCAUAUCAGAUUACAACUUGUUACUCUUAUUUCACCUAAACUGGAAGUCAUCAGAGAACCUUUCUUGCUUCUUCAUUUUGGAUCAAGAUUGAGGAUGUUUUGUGUAUUUGGCUGUAAAUGUUAGCUUUAGGUUUAGCAAGUUUAUAUUAGCAGAAAAUGGAGAAUUGUUCAGGUUUUUGGUACAAGUAGAUGUUUGUGCAUGAGCUGUGUGUCUUGGUGGUUGACAAAUGUAAUAGCACAUGUAAGCACAACUGACAAGACUGCCUGCUGGAAGAAAAUUUUUAGGCUGGAGACCAAACUCACCACCUAUAUUUUUUUUUGCAACAAUAUUGUGACUUCCUGGCAUCUGUGUCACUGCAUACAUGUCACGUCACUGGGUACUUGUUCUUAAAAGGACUUGUUUAUACUAUAUAUAUACUUUCUCCAUAUAGAGUGAUAAAAGGUCUAGGAUGCAUGGUGUCUUGCUUCAUCAAGUAGUUCAGUAGUAGAGCUUUCUGAAUACCUGACAGUAGUGCAGGAUUGCUCAAUAUUUUAGUAUUCUCAGAGUUGGCCUUUGUCAAGUGAGUCUAGUCUGAUCUGAGAUCAUCAUUGUUGUUCAUCAAGAAAAUUUGUGUCUACUGUGUGGGCUUUCAUCAUAGCGAGUUGAUGGUAAAAAUGAAAUACACAUAAGAAUGUUUUAAUUGCUUCAUAAAGCAUGCAGUCCAUGCUGUACACCUGGGUGUUCCUGAUAAUGUUAUGUAAACACUAAGGAAUUCACUCUCUACUAGGAUUUGCUCCCUUGGAAGUCAUUUUCUUACAGAAAUUAAGUUCCUCAUUAUCUUAUGUAAGGUAAUGAAAAAAAUUCCUGUGCAUAUUUAAACAAGUCUCAUUUCCAUAUUGGAAUGGACAACUGCCACUUCUAGAAACCAAAAUCAACCUUUCUACUCAGGUCAUUUGGCACAAUAUUGUAUACUUGACUGUUAUUACAUUAUUUUCCAACAUGUUCCCAAUCAUUAACCUCUUUCAGCCCUUGACAUACAUAUAGUACACCAUAGCUGACCAAGAACCACACACAUUGAUUCAUCAGUUAUGUCAAGGCUUGCACAGCAAUACACCAUGGCAUAUUGGUAAUACCAUGUCUUUCUCAGAUGAAAAGCAGAUUAAAGUGAAAUGUACCCACAUGGUGUGUACACAGGCUGUAACACACUACCAGCUGUGUGUAAGAGUGGUUUCUCCCACUAAUUCUCUGAGUAAAGGUCAUGCAAAGCUUCUUGAUCCAAAAAUAUACAACCACUCUAAGAUAGCAUUUGUAAACACAUAAACAAGUCCAUACUCUAAGCUUUCAAAUUAUGUACAACAAAGAAGUUUGUGACUAAAAUAGUCAUCAGAAGAAACUGACACAAUAGUGGCUUGAAUCUGACCUGUGGGAAGCCGAGAUGACUGCAGGCUUUCAAGCUGCAUGGCAGGGCAGAAGAGGUUAAGAGAUAUCUGUUCCUCAACACAUUGCUGUAUUAUGUAUGCUGAAAAGGAGCAAGGAAGUUGGUGUUAUUUGUUUUCUGGGAAAAAACUUGCUCCUGGCAUUUUCUCUUUUCAGUUUUCACCACUACAUGUGGCAGGGUGGGGCAGUCUUGUCCCUAACUGUACCUCCACAUGUACCUCAAUCCUUUCCAUGAGGUUAGAAGAUGCCCCCUCCCAUUGUAACUCUUGAAUGGACUGAAAAUGCAAAGAUUACAUUCUCAGUAUAUAUAGUUUUUACUUUCAUUUGAUACAUGAACAUAAUGCUACAUAUAAGACUGUACAUUAUAUUGCAUCUCAGGUUAAUUUUGCUGACAUAAUUUACCCCACUCAAGUUCAUUUACUUGUAACCUCACGAUGGGGCAUCAAAUCAUAAAAAACCGAGAACUAAAGAAGCUUCUUUUCUCUGUAAUACUUUUUUUCUUUUUUGUGAAAUGAAACUAUGUGGCAUAUAUUUUUAACCUGUUUUGAUGCCAAAAGGUAAAACUAAAAAUAAGGACUGCAGCUUCAUUUAAAUAUUUAUUGUUUUUCAGCCAUAGAUUUCUGUGUUAACAUUUCUUUUGCAAACUUGUAUUCAUCCAUUUUUAUAUGACUUUUUAGCUUUCAACAUGUAUAUCAAUAUUGACUAAAUAGAAUACAUUCUUUCAUUAUUCAUGUAGUAUUUAUUAGUAAAUUUAACUUUUGAAACUAUGAAGGAUGACAUUAAGGAACAAAUAUUCACUUCAUUAUCUAGCCACAAAAUGUUUAAAACGACCGUAAAAUCUUAUUUUCUGGUAAUGAACAAAAUGGAGAAGUCUGUGUUUUGUAACAUCAUUAGAUACAGUUGUGGAAGGAAAUGUUGGUGCAUUUGCUGAGUCCCGUGUCUCAGAAAGGAAAAUGAAUAUAUAAAACAUCCACCUAAACCUUCAGUAAGCUUGAGUGUGCUGGCAUUACAUUCCAUACCUGUGCACAGAACAGUAAAGCUUAUCUUUAAUUUCCUGGGGCCAAUAACUAAAACUACAAUUAUGUAAAUAUUCUCAAACUUUUCAGCUACAGAGGUCUCCAUAGUGUUGGGGGAAAGGCCGUGAUGCAGUACAAAAGCAAUGGCACUUUCCGCAACUGCCAGACUAACACAAUACCACAUUGCUAUACUGCAGACAUGCAUACGUAAUAUUGUGAAUUCAGUUGUCUUCAUUCUGCCAGGGUAUACAGUACAAUUGCCAUUCACACUCACAAGUUCCAUCUUCACAGUUCUCUUUAUAUCUAGCAGGGAUAAAAUGUGACAGUUCCCAUCUUUGCAGUGCAUUUCAUAGUCCGUGAACCUUUGCAACCAGCUGCUGCUGUGGCCUCGCCACACACACUGUGAAAGGCCAUACCUCUGUCCACUACCUGUAAGAUCAGUUCCUAAUAUAAGUUUAUCCUACUUUACAUGGGUUCCCAUUCAUGCUGCUGCCCCUAAGUGUGCCUUUCCUGUCUUAUCCCAGAACUAAAUAUCAUCUAUUCCUCACAGAAUCCAGACUUUGCCAUGAAUAUUUAUUCGAUCCCCAGCCUCAUAUUGACACAAGUAGCGGAAUGUCGUGAGCUAGCUGGACCUCAAAAUCUUAACAGUUUCACUGACACUGCCAACCUCACGAUGAUUAUUUAGUGCCGUAUGGCCUGGUGCUAGUUUGUUAUUGAUUUAUGUAAUUAUGGGGACCUCUGUAUGAAGAAAGCUGUUUUCAAAUGUAUUGAAGUUCAUCAUAGUCUAUGUAACAUUAACAAUGUUUGUUGCUUAUUUAGAGUCAUGUCUGUCACUUAGUGUCAAAAACUCCAUUUUGCAAAUUUAUUACCAAAGAUAAGAUUUUACUCAAAAUUUGAUCAGCUGUAGGACCUCACUUGGAGAACUGUUUUGUUCUGCAAGUGAACAAUAGUGAGAAAGUGUGUGCUCCGUGAACAGAGUAAAUCAGGUCAGUUGCUGAAUUUUGCAUGCUCGUAGAUCAUUACCUCCUUGUUACGUUGGAGCCAAAAUGAGAGCAAUUGGUCUGCAUAUAUGUGCCUAUAUUUGUGUGAGUAAGAUUGAUUUAUGGAGCGAGCUGCUGAUUUACGGUCACCACGACACUGAUGUCCCGGGUCUGUCUGGUAGUGUUCAGUAAUCUCCAGUCCAGUACAGUACUGUUUCCUCAGUAAUUGAAUUUCAUCAUCAACAUAAGCUCUGUUCCACACUUGACAUUAAGUUGAGGAUCAGCAUUAUUAAUUUUCAUCAUAACAGUAUAUUAUUUUAAAAACUUGGAAGCUUGUUUGGAAACUUGUGUUUAUGCUAGUUUUAAUUAGCAUAUAGGCAUUUAGAGGUUUUACCUCAUAUGAAAAUGUGGAGAUAUUACCAUACAAGACCAGGGGCUGUGCUGUGGUGCCAUGAAGAGCAAGCUGCUAGCCAAGGCUUAGGGCACACCUUGCUCCAGUUGUGAGACUGCAGUGUGAUAGUAAACUAGUCCUUAUUUAGUCACUACACAUACCGGAAUUAUUUACUCUAAGGUCCUGAACAUAUUGAAGUCUUGCCAUCAGGGUACUGAAUACUGUAAUAUAUGUUGUAAGAUAAUGUUGGUGUACAUUGUCAUUCUAGUGUGGCUUUGUUGGGAUGGCCUUGUGAUUGUUGUAAAUACUACAUAUACUUCUAAAUAAAUAUGAAUAAAUUACU